CAAGAGGGGGACACCUGGGUGGCUCAGCAGCUAUUCGUCUGCCUUUGGCCCAGGGCGUGAUCCUGGAGUCCUGGGAUCGAGUCCCACAUCGGGCUCCGGAGUCCCGGGAUCAAGUCCCGCAUCAGGCUCCUUACAUGGAGUCUGCUUCUCCCUCUGCCUGUGUCUCUGCCUCUCUCUCCCUGUGUCUCUCAUGAAUAAAUAAAAUCUUAAAAAAAAAAAAAAAAGACCAAGAGGGAGGGAGACACACAGGGAGCCCAGAUUCCGGUUUUCCUGAAGAGCUGUGGGAUCAACGAAGAGUUAGACUUUCUCUGUCUGGUGGGCAGGAGCGGGAAGGAAAACCAGCCUGGCGGUGAUCAUGGCAGCAGUGUAGAGCGUGAUGCCAUGGAGAGAGCCGCCUGCCCCGCGCCUGGGCUGUGUUUCUCAAGGCUUCGCAGACAAGUGAAGCAGCAAAUUAGCAUCAGAUGCAGGGCCUCGUUUAGGUCAGUGGAGAGUAGAACUGUCUGUUGUUCUCCUUUGGCUGAGAGGUGCCAUAUGAGAGGAUGGGAUUUGGAGAUUGGGAGGUAGUAGGGAACCUUCCCUUCCUUCUCUCCUCAUCGGUGCCUUCCAGGGAUGCACACGUUUCACACCUUGUAAGGACUCAACAGAUUGAGGCCUGUAAGGAAAUCCCAUGUGUUUAGGGAGUUGACCAGCCAUGGCCAGUUCUUAAUAAUACAGGUUCCCAGGUCUGAGGGUGCUGCUUGUAUCCAAUGAGUGGGAAAGCUGAUUUAUUAUUGCCUUGGAGUAUUUACAGGCAAGUAGUUGGUAGGAUGGGCAGAUCUUGGAAGGCAGCCUCAGAGCAGUGGGUGAGGAGGACAAGCACCAUGCGGGUGAGAUGCAAGGUGGCCAAGGUGGAGUUUUAUUGUUUCCCGGCAUUGACUGGGAAAGUUGCUUGGGCAGGUGAGGGCAGGAAGUUGUCUGUUGGGGGCUGAAUCUGCCAGAAGGUCUGGCAGUGUCUCCAAGAUUCUGACGUGGCGGUGAUGCACAUACAUCUCUAGGUGAGCAGGAGCAUCUCAGGGCUUGCAUUCCUGACCUUCUCUGCCAUCCAGCCUUUAUUAGAUCGCUUCUGUGAGUCAAGAGGAGAUCAGGUCUGGUCUGAGUAUCCUCUCCACCCUCUUAGUGGAGCUUCCCUGGAUGUUGAGGUGGGGGAACUGUGUCCAUGCUUAUAUUGGAGCUGCGGAAGAGCUAGAGCAUCUGAACCAGGCCAGCGAGGAGAUCAACCAGGUGGAGCUGCAGUUGGAUGAGGCCAGGACCACCUAUCGGAGGAUCCUCCAGGAGUCAGCAAGGAAGCUCAACACGCAGGGCUCCCACUUGGGGAGCUGCAUCGAGAAGGCCCGGCCUUACUAUGAGGCUCGGCGGCUUGCUAAGGAGGCCCAACAAGAGACCCAGAAGGCAGCGCUGAGGUAUGAGCGGGCCGUGAGCAUGCACAAUGCUGCCCGGGAGAUGGUUUUUGUGGCUGAGCAGGGUGUCAUGGCAGACAAGAACCGGCUGGACCCCACGUGGCAGGAGAUGCUCAAUCACGCCACCUGUAAGGUGAAUGAAGCAGAGGAGGAGCGGCUUCGUGGUGAGCGGGAGCAUCAGCGGGUGACUCGGCUGUGCCAGCAGGCUGAAGCUCGGGUCCAGGCCUUGCAGAAGACGCUCCGGCGGGCCAUUGGCAAGAGCCGCCCCUACUUUGAACUCAAGGCCCAGUUCAGCCAGAUUCUGGAGGAGCACAAGGCCAAGGUGACAGAGCUGGAGCAGCAGGUGGCCCAGGCCAAGACUCGCUAUUCAGUUGCCCUGCGCAACCUGGAGCAGAUCAGCGAGCAGAUUCAUGCACGACGCCGGGGCCAGUCCCCUCAUGCCCCAGGCCAGCGGCGAUCCUCCCCUGUGGGGGCAGAGGCUGGGCCUGAUGGUGGGGAGGAUGGGGACAGUGGGAUCAUGGAGGGGGCUGAAGGCGGGGGCCUGGAAGAGGGCAGCAGCCUGGGGCCUGGUCCUGCCCCUGACACAGACACACUCAGCCUGCUGAGCCUGCGCACCGUGGCCUCAGACCUGCAGAAGUGUGACUCUGUGGAGCACCUGCGGGGCCUCUCUGACCACACCAGUCUGGAUGGCCAGGAGCUGGGUCCCCGCAGUGGGGGACGCUGGGGUAGUGAUGGUGGGGGCCGUGGGGGCCGCCAUCAGCGCAGCAUCAGCCUGUAGUCCAUGCUCAGGGUGGCUUGUUCCUCUUCACCACCGCUGACCCAUGAGGACCAGACAGGCUCCAAGCUCCCUCUCCUCAGGUUCUUGCUUCCCUUGGAGAGGUCAGGUUGGCUCUUGUCUCUGGUGGGUUUCUCCCCGUCCUCGCCUUUCCAGGUCCCUCCUUGCAGGUGGCAGCUCUCUUUGCCUUAUCCUUUCAGAAGGCUUUUCUCUGGCUCUCACAUUUGCCCUCUCCCUGCUGGUUCCUCAUGGUCUGAUGCCCUUUGCUGCCCCCUUUCUGCCUUCCUUCCCUCUGUCUGGUUUUCCCCUCAGGGAACUUGGUCUGGAAGGCACAGGGAAUCCCAUCAGAGAAAGUGGGUGUGGGACCUGAGUCCUGGCAGUUUGGCCCCCUAGCUUGAGGAAGUAGACACAUGUCCCUUCCACUUCCCCAUCUCCCGAGGGAGUCUAAGGAUGCUGCAGAGGCCUCUGUCCCAGCCUGUUCAUGUGGAACCUGUAAAAUGCACUGUAGGACUGUGCCUCUGGAAAACACUACCCAUUCCUUCAGUGCCCCUUCGUCAUGACCCAAGCCACUUUGCUAUGUGUGCCGCAAAGCAGGACUUGAAGGGUACCAGUGUCAGAGAAGGUGAAACCCGACUCCUUGUCAACAUGGGAGGACACCACCAACUCCAUUAGGCUCCCAUGUGCAUGGUGUUUUCCCCAGCUGGGCUGGGCCAUUAACAUUGCUGAGGUGCUAGUAAGUCUCUAACAGGGUCCGUGUUAGGGGUAGAUGUGGAAUGAGGUCCAGAUGGUGGAGGCCCUUGCCUUUCCUGCUGCAGAGUUGGGUUUACUUUUUCUGGGUAUAGGAUGUUGAGCUGAAUCUCAGCAUCCUCCUGCAGGGUGGAGUUAGGGAAUUUGGUGCUCAGCUGCUGUCCCUCUCUCUUCCCCAAACCAAACAAUACCUACUCCAGGAUCCCUUGCAGGAGAUGCUCAAGUUUGGCUGCAGAGCCUUCUCUGAUGCAGGGAGGGGUUGCCCUGGGGUGAGGGAACCCACCCUCCAUAGGGAGCAGCUCUGGGUGUUUGGUAGUGUUCUAGGCUCUAUGGGGAAGCCACACCUGGAUCUGGGUUCCUUGGGAGAACUGGUCCUUUCUCCUUUCCCACCCUAAGAGGUCUGAGAGCUGGACUCUAGGCAGGACAGCUGGUGCCUAGGCCUUUGUGCUGCUGCCAUCACCUGGGAGGAGUGGGCUUUCAUAUGGAGGGUGUCUCCCUUUGCUAAGAUGGUCACUAUGAGAACCACUGGGUUUGAGGUGGCCAUGGGUAGAGGGAGGAGAGGGAGGGAAACAUGGGCAUGUGUGUGUGCAUGUGCUGGGGGUAUGUGUGUGUGAGAGAGUGAGUGUGAGAGAAAGAAGAGGGUAUGCCCCUGAUUUUAUUUAAAUAAAAUAGUUUAUGUAACAGUUAA